GUUGGGGGACGCUGGAGAAGACGACGAGGAGGAGCAUGGGUAUGGUGAAGAAGAAGAAGUUGGAGAAAAAGAACAGCAGAAUAGAUCACUUGGAGAGAUGGACGCAGGCGCAGCAGACGCGCCUUCAGCUGAUGCAGCAACUACAAAUAUUGAAGCGCUUCCAGCACUUGAAGAACGACAGAGACUAACUGUGGCGACUGUCGACCUACAUCAAGAUUCCAAUAGACUACGCACCACGAGGACUACGACACGCACCACUAGUAGUAUUAAGGCUCAGCUUUCAAUGGUCAUUGGGGUUGGUCAGUGAGAUCCCUCUUGAGAGAACAGGGGAAAAUGAAGGAAAAGCAAAGGGAGAGGCAUGGGGCCCAUUUCUUUCAGAGUCAGUGACCAUUGAAUGCUGAGCUUUAAUAGUAGGGAAAUUUUAGCUCCUGUGACCUUGUUUGAUAUCUCAUCGGAUCCUCUAGUACUGGUACAAACGGGGUUGCCAGAGGAGAGGGAGGAAGUUGCUGCCUUAGAAGACGGUCUGGUGUAC